CCACAGGUCGCAUUUACGACAGCGUACGACGCAGACUCCACGCAUCAUCCCAAAACAGGACACGCACAAGGUGUUGCCGUCUGAAGAGCGACUGAACUUCCGCUAGAGAAGCAAAUCGCUGAGAAGACCCGUUUCGCAUCUCUGAAAAGCGCAUCCGGCACUCAGAUGGCCAGCAACAACACCGCCAGCAUAGCUCAAGCCAGGAAGCUGGUGGAACAGCUGAAAAUGGAGGCCAACAUCGACCGAAUAAAGGUGUCCAAAGCAGCAGCGGACUUGAUGGCGUACUGCGAAGCCCACGCCAAGGAAGACCCUCUACUGACCCCGGUUCCAGCUUCAGAAAACCCCUUUAGAGAGAAGAAGUUCUUCUGUGCAAUUCUGUAAGCCCCCCACGAGUCUGGCACGCACUCGGGCCACUCCGAACACUGAUGUAGCGUUUUUAGCAAUGUGGACCACUUUCUAGUCCACAGAAUUAAAAUAAUAAUAAUAAUAAUAAUUGAAAAGGCCUGGAAGCUCCAGAGAUGUGCAUGUUUAAAUCGACUGGUCACCUUUUGGGGGAAUAAGAUAAUCUACAUCGUGAGGCUGAAGAUCUGAGGUCUGCAGAGUUGCCGAGAGAGAGAAAAAUGUCAUGAUUCCAUUUGUGUUGCGUUUCUGCUCACAACCCCCCACCCCCAAUAAACACACACCCUUGUUUGGCUGUUUCCUAUUUACAAAAAGACCCUUGUGCUGAGCAAGGUAAAGGCUGAAGUUGUGUCUAACCUUACUGGAAUGAUUAGCAUUGGAGUUUUCCAAAUAAUACCCUUAUUUAAGUUGAAUUGUCAAAUAUCACCCUUACAGCCUAGAUUACGAUUCUGUUAAUGGCCAGUCUUGUGCUUCUUUUGUUUUGGUUUUGCAUUAGAGUAGCUCAGACAUGGAUGGGAUUGCUCACCAAGAUAACAAAUUAAAUGGUUUAGCAAGGGCUUGGUCAAUGAUACUUCACAUCUGCAGUACAAACACUGUCUGUGUGUUUCUAGCAACCUAUUACCACGAUUUCUAACACUUGUGUAUGGUAGCUUCAAUUCUGCAAGUAAAUCAGGUGUUGUGAUUGGUGCUUCAUAUUUUUGUGACGAUUUUUUAAGUAAUAGCGCAUGGAAAAUGUCCCUACCUUCAAUCCAUUUAGAAACUUCUAUUCUUUGAAGCCACAUGUUGGUGGAAGAAGCUGUAGAGAGAAAACAAAGGAUGUUCUGACAGCAAAGAGAAACUCCUCUAAUGCCUUAGAUGUGCCUGAAAUACCUCUCCUAGGGUUGCCAGCUAUGCCGAAGCCUAUUCCUGAAAUCAGAACAGUUUGUACUGGGAAUUUAGAUUCAAACAGAUCCUUGGAAGACCUGGGGAAAAACUAGUAAGAAAUACAGUAUACAUUUAUUUUGAUCAAGUUUUCUCUGGUCUUCCCCUACACUUGUGCCUCUUCUCUUUACCCCUAUUUCUCAACAUUCAUGUCAAUCGAUAUUUACUUUUUUCAUAGCAGCAUGUCUGCUCUGAACCAUGUCCCUUAAGCAGUGUGACUGAACCGGCUGCCCAGCUGCUGAGCCAAGCACAGCAUCAUUCAGAAGGGGCCUCGGGCCACAAGCUUAUACUAGCCCCCUCUUCCGCUUCCCCCUCCCCACUCCUCUGCUUUCACUGUGUGGCCCUCGGUGGGGAUCUUUUCCCAGAUCUCUUGGCCCUUCACCCAAUGUUUAUAAAAUUCCCUGUGCCACUGAAUCUGUGCGCUGUUUUCAAUCUCCCCUUUCCCAACCGAUUCUUCAGAAAAUGCUUUUCAUAACAGAAGGGCCGGAGCUCUCUCGACCCAAACAAUGGCAUCAGGCAGAGGGCUUGUGAUUAUAAUAGUGAGAGGACUCCUUACCGAAGAACAAAGGGUGAUGGAUCAACCACUGACGUGUUGGCAGCAAUGGGGGGAUUCCUAUUAUCUAGGCACUAACUAUCCAGCCCUUUGAGCUCCUGCCACGUAUUGCUCGCUGCUUUCGCAUCCCGUCGUGAAACAAAACAGGUGGGAAGAAAAUAGGGUGAGGCUUUAAAUAGAGCAGCAAACCAGCAGGGGUAUAUGGAAACAACAUGCAUCUAACAGCUUAAGGUGGAAGCUUGCACCUCACUCGUGCUGUGAAUGUUAAGGGUUUGGCAUGUCUCCGUUAAAGCCUCCUGGGUGGAUAAGGCAAUCAGAAAGAUGUAGAGGUGGUUCCCUAUCCAAUCACCUGAGCCCUGCUGAUCAGAGCAAAGCCAAACCUCUGGUGUCCUGAUAGGAAAGUCCAAGGCCAUGUGAAACUGAUGAAUUUGUUUCAUCGGCUUCAGGAAACUUGCCAGAACCAGAUGGAGAGAGGGCAGAGAAACCCACAGGCUACAAAGGUAUCCAUCUGAACACUAUAAAAACCUACUAUGUCAGGUGGAGGCUAAGAACAUCUGAAAUUGACCCAUAAGGAGCUUUUAGAUCUGGGUUACAGGAUCAGGUGCAGUAUGUGAUACAAAACAGGAAAGGCAAAGCCUAUCUUGAGGAGAUGGAGUGCUGUUAAAAUGUCGUUAUGGCCUUUG